CGCGUUUAGUACACCGCUCACCGAGUGUCGGACGCUCGACUUCGCAGUCGGCGACAUUAGUAUUCUUCGUUUAUUUUCUUUUCUAUUCGUUUAAUUUGACGCACAGACAACCCGGCUUAUAAAUCAUGAAAAGUGUUAUCCCUGAAUGAGUUACUGGUGUUUGCAGUGUUUACCGGAAUUUUAUUUUGACAGUGUCACGUUCACGUGCGGAAUCAAAUUAUUACCGGUUCCGGAGUUUUCAAGUGUUUAUUAUACACACACGGCCUUCGUUCGCCACAGGUAGAGCCGGCUGAUAGUCAAAAAGGUUAUGUAGUGCCGGCUUUUGGGGAAUUCUCGUGGGAACAACUAAAGUUGUGGUCAUUCAGUGCCAGGAAAGUUCGGAUUUAUUCUAACAAGAUUCUGGUGGGGAAACAAGUGUGAAGUGCGUGUGCCGGUUGUGUUUGGUGGUGCUCCUAACUUAAACAUAACCUUAUUUUGAAAGGGGCGCGUGUUGCACGGGCAUGCGCAGUUGGGAUCAUCCACAUUAUUAAUAAGUGACCCAUAAUUUUAUAAACAAACAAUUGAUCGUGUGUGACGUGGUGUCGUGAAGCAUCGCUAAUCGGAGACGCACGAGUGGAGCCUCGGAGCCCGUGUGAAGUUCUUUUACUGUUGGAUUUCAAAUCCAGGAUUUCGUUCACCUGUGGGAUUUCUGAUUCACCUGCGCGCGCACGGGAAUUAUUUCUAAGGUUGGCGCAGCUAUGAUGUCCUGUCCCCUGCCACUGCCGCUGCUGCCGGCACUGCAUCCACAACCAGCGCUGGCUUCGGACUUCCCCAUACACAUUGGAAUAAAGGGUCCACUAUUGUCCUGAACGUCGAGCGAAGACAGUUAAAGACAUUAGUUUGUUAGUGUAAAAAAAAAGUGCCUCUAAUACUUGGUGUAAAUUUGGACCCAGCGUCCGGCGCUAUUGCUGACAGUCGUAUUCCGUGAAAUGGUCAAGAGAGGCUCAGACGAGCUUCUUUCGCAGAGUGGCGUCACCGUCAUGGCGCCCGCUGCUCCGCACCACGCCGACAAUAACAACCAGGAUUCUGCUGCGAAAAAGGUGAAACUGGAACAGAAUGUGGGCAAGCCUUCGCGUGUCAUCCAUAUACGGAACAUACCCAAUGAAACGACGGAGGCGGAGAUCAUACAGCUCGGCCUGCCCUUCGGAAGGGUCACCAAUGUUCUUGUGCUCAAAGGCAAAAAUCAGGCAUUUCUGGAAAUGGCAGAGGAGAUCUCGGCAGUGGCGAUGGUGGCAUACUUCGGCGGUUGCGUGGCGCAGCUGCGCGGGCGCGCUGUCUACGUCCAGUUCUCCAACCACAAGGAACUCAAGACAGACCAGACACACAGCAAUGCCUUGGCAAACAGGCAGGCUUUCGAUUCAACGUCGGCGUCGGCGCAGGCGGCGUUGCAAGCCGCGCAGGUGAUAUCAAACACCGCGGGCUCUGCGCUAGUGGCUGGCGCUGGCACGGCGCUGCAGCCAGCCAAUGGCGGCACAGAAAUACAGGGUGGCCCUAACACGGUGCUGCGCGUAAUCAUCGAGCACAUGCUAUACCCGAUAGUGCUGGACGUGUUGUACUCCAUCUUCCAGCGGUACGGCAAGGUGCUCAAGAUCGUUACCUUCACCAAAAACAACUCAUUCCAAGCCCUAAUCCAGUACCCAGACACUGUAUCAGCGCAAACGGCAAAAACGGCUUUGGAUGGACAGAACAUCUACAACGGCUGCUGCACACUGCGCAUCGACUACUCAAAGAUGACCUGUCUUAACGUGAAAUAUAACAACGACAAGUCCCGGGACUACACGAACCCGACCCUGCCUUCGGGCGACAGCGACGCGCACCAGCUGUUGACCAGUGAGUUGUUGCCACUGCGGGCACGCCUCGCGCUGGCCCUCGCUUCCAGGAUGAGCGGAGGAGUUCUGGCGCCGCAGUUCCUAGGCCUGGGCUCCGGCUUGGCCUCCCCGUACGGCGUUGGCGUUGGUGGCGUAGGACUGCCAGCCUUUGGGGCACUCACGCUCACCCCCGCCUCCCCAGCACUCCGCGCUCUCGCAGCUCCCCCGCUGCCACUGGCCACCGUACUCCUCGUCUCCAAUCUCAACGAAGAGAUGGUCACGCCUGACGCUCUCUUUACCCUUUUCGGCGUGUAUGGCGAUGUGCAGCGAGUGAAGAUCCUCUACAACAAGAAGGAUUCUGCGCUCAUUCAGAUGGCGGAGCCUCACCAAGCCCAUCUAGCGAUGACCCACAUGGACAAGCUGCGCGUGUUCGGCAAGGCGAUGCGAGUGAUGCUGAGCAAGCACCAGACCGUGCAGUUGCCCAAGGAGGGGCAGCCCGACGCUGGACUCACCAGGGACUACUCGCAGAGCCCACUACACAGAUUCAAGAAGCCUGGCAGCAAAAAUUAUCAGAACAUCUACCCGCCCAGCGCGACGCUUCAUCUCUCGAACAUUCCAGCGACGGUCUCAGAAGACGAUAUCAAGGACGCGUUUACCAAACGGGGAUUCACCAUCAAAGCGUUCAAGUUCUUCCCGAAGGACCGCAAAAUGGCGCUGGUGCAGCUGCCGUCUAUCGACGACGCAGUGGCGGCUCUCAUCAAGAUGCACAACUACCAGCUCUCAGAGUCUAACCACCUCAGAGUGUCCUUCUCCAAGUCCAGCAUCUAAACGGACCGACCACAGUCUUCGGAAUAUCACACUAUAUUGCCAGUCUGCCCAUUUCGAGACUCUGCCGCAACACGUGCCUCUCAACUCGACUUUACUCUUAAAUAUUAUUUUUAAUACGGGGCACUCGUACACCCUUCGGCCGAGUCCGUAUCGGCUGGCAACAACGUACCUCUCACAAUCGAGAAUUUCACUCGACUGAAAAGUAAAUUAUAAUCUGUAUUACGCUUACUCGGAUCACUAGAAAUUAAGUGCUACUCUAUUUUCUUAAUAAAUACGUACGUUUUACUGUUACUGUACAUCCUAAUCUAAGGUAUCGUCGUCAUGGAGGCAGCUAAGGCUUCACGUUAUAUUUUUACACUCGACUAAACGUACCUAUACUAUACUUACAACAGAGAGGGUUUUUUGUAUGUGUGAUAUUCAUUCCAUUCAUUAUAAUAAUUUAUUUUUUAAAACUCCAGUGAUUUCACUGUAUUAUGAUUUCUUAUCAAAUUCUGAUCACUAUAAUAUACUUAUUGCAAUUAGAUUGCGCUAGAUUUAUUUACAUUUGUCAACUUUUAUGUUCUGAUUGCAAUGUAAAACAUUGCCUCUGUUUACAGUCGUAUGGGUUGUGUGAAAUACCACCAUACGUUUAAAUUCAAUAUUAUCAGAUUGUUAAAAAUAUUUCUUUUCACAUAUAAUUUGCAGUUAUAAGUCUAAAAUUAUAUUUUAUAAAUAUAUUUUAUUCUCUAUUUUAAUAUGCACAAUUUACUAUUAUUGCAUUUCUUUAAUGAGUAUGAUAAUUAUAUAGUUUUGUACGCAUACACAUUUUUCUUAUUUUAUGAUUACUGGAAUGUUACGGUUAGAAAUGUGUAUGUGUGUGCAAUAUUAGUUUUAGUGAUAAUUUGUAAUAAUAUAUUUUAGACGUCUUCUACGGCCGGCCCACGGCGCCUUCUACGAUGCUUCCAAACUUGUUUCGUUGUUUAGAAGAAUAUCUCUGUUUUCGUUUCUUCAAUUAGUUAGUGUAAUCACAACUCUUAUUACUAAGCAUCUAGAUUUAUAUAUCACUGUUUAAUCGUUACGUUCUGUGACAUAAUAGUGACAUGAUGCAUUUAUUUUGAUGUUAAUUUAUAUUAAUGGUAGCUACAACAUUUUAUAAAUGCUCGUGCAUACAGUUCACUAAGCAGUUAAUUUAUAGAAUAAUUAUUUAUUUUGUCUUGUGUCGAAGCUCCUCGCCAAUCCGCGCGGUGUGGACAUCAUCGCGAUGACGUAUUUUUUAGAAUAAUUUUCAGUAUAUUGUACUAAGAUGUGUCCACACUGUCGCGUCAAGUCGCGGCAUCAAAGUAUUAGCGAGAUCUGAUCUGCUCUGACAACAGCAGCGUUUACACUAGGUCACAAUAACUACAUUGAAACAGUAUUUUAGUUAAAUAUAUCUCCACUCCCAGCUUCAUUUUGUAUAUAGACACCCUCCGACUUCGAUUACUAAAGCUUUUCACGUUUCUUGGACUUUGCUGAGUUUCCAAUUGGUUUUCACACAUCUUUGCCUUCUUAAAUUAAUUAAAAUGCGUCUAGUCCAAUGCGAAAGAGAUUAAGUUUGUGGAUAAGUGAAUUUACGUUAUGAAGAAAUUGUAAUUCGUCUCAAUUCGUCUGAACUCUGGUAGGAAAGCUUUUGUAUAAAAAAAUGAUAUUUAUUAAAAAUUUGGUAAUGGGUAAUCUAUACCCAAGUAUAACCUAUCUAACCAUUAGGACCAGUUUUAAGUGUUCAGUUACACGUCCAGUUUAUGUGAUUAGGCAAAGAAUGCGUGAAACAGAUACCUGAAUUAUGACGAGUUAAGAUAACAAACGCCAUUCGCCAGAUGUCGCCAAUGCAUGCACAUCAAUUAAUAAUCUGGAAUGGCAACUUAUACAAUAUAAGUCACAAAUGUUAAGUCAAAAGCAUUACAUAUCUUGACAAUGCCACUGUUGGUAAUUGAUUUAGGUUAGAUGGAAGGCGAAUUGUGUUAUACAGAGUGGUUUACAUGUCGGUAGGACGUUUGAACGCAUAAUGUGGCACAAACUUCACGGCAGUUGUCCACAACACAGCGAACGGCCAAGACGGCAGGCUCAGGAUUUUCGUUUGUCAGUUAUUCCAACAUAUCCCCUUAACAGGAUACUGAUAGUCGAAAAUGUUAUUUCUUUUUAAUUAUUAAUUAUAGCAAUUUGAAUUCAUUAUAAAAUCACAUAUUUACACUAUUUUAAAUGUAUAUUAUACAUGCAUCACGUAAAUAAAUAAAAAUAGAGCUUAGUAAGUUGAUAAAACUGAAAAAUUAGAUUGUCAUUACGAUGUUAGUUAAGAUAAAAAUUAUCAUACAAAUUGUAUUAAUCAGUACCUACAUACGAUAAGGACAUAAAGUAGAUAUUUGGUUUAGAUAAUGUUAGGUGACCAGGGUGUGGUGAUAUUUUGCACGUUUUUGAAAAUGUUUUUCUAAUAGGGUGCAGGUUUCUGUGCCUGGGUUUUGAAAUAAUGUGAAUGUGGUAUGCGACUGGUGGAGGUCUGUUAAGGAGAAAUCGGCGGUAUCGCAUUUGUAAUUUUAAAAUAUUAUUAUGUAUUUAAUUAAUUAAAAAACAAAAUCACAAAAAAGGAGAUUACAUAUCCAUUGUAUUCAGCAUAGAACGCUACACACAUCCCGUUUCGUUUCCAGAACGACGUUAUGCUCUUGUAUAGAACUCCGCUCGAUCAGUUGCUUCUGCUCAAUCUAGACCUUAGUAAAUGUGUGUAGCGUUUUCAGGCCUAAUCGUUUUUCAGUAACAUUGGUAUUGACUAAUAGAUAAUUAUAGGGAUUUAUGUGUUUAGAGAAGUAUUUUAAAUAUUUAGAUAAUAAUGAUAAUAUUAUUAAAAAAUAAUAAAUAGAUCAGUGUUUAGGACGAGAUGCCAAAUUUAAAGUCAAUACACAUUAUUUUAGGUAAAAGGUAAUUGAGGUAAUCUUAACAUUUAUUGAAAAGUUGAUGAAAAUGUUACAGUUAAAUUAUAUUUGAGAGUUUUAUUAAGCGCAAUAUAUGCAAUUUUAUUCAUUGUAAGUGAACAUUGUUUCAAUUUGUUAGUUAAAGUUAUGCGUUGAGAAAAAGAUGUGGAAGUUGUUUUGAAUGUCUUCAUAUCAGUGUUUGUGAGAUGCGAUCGCUGCGCUCGCGCCGAGCUGUCCACACCGGCCGCGCCGCGCCGCGCGGCUCACUCGACAUAUCUGUGCAGAGAGCAUAUCCUGUAUAUGCUUAUUUUAUUGCGCUUUAUAAUAUAUAUCUCUUAUAUUAAGCUGUACUUGAUAUUUAAUAUUUCAUAGCGAAGUGAAUAAAGGCCAACAUAUCAGUAAAUAAACUUCGGCUAAGGCGCAUGUAGCAUAAAUUUUAUUCCUGAAACCCAAUUUUAAUGCCCGACUUCUGUUAUCAUUUUGGCCACUGCUAUUUCAUUAUUGUUUGAGAUGUCAUUUCUAUUUUCUUAUUUUAAUGUUAAGUCUUUUGUGUGGUUAAUUUCAUUCUUAUUUUUAAUUUCAUAAUUAAACUAUUAUUAUCAUUGAUAA